CGCAUCCAUCACGUGCACUAGCCCCGACCUCAUUCCCACGCUCUUCUAUCCAUGUCCUUCUUCUGCAUCGCCCGCCGGACUGCAGCCGAAGCUUAUCACAAGAAGGCUUCAUGUGUGCAAAUUUAUAUAAGGCAAUUCAGAUCCUCUUUUCCUUCCUCUCAUCAAAAUCCGUUGGGACUUCCGCGAUCUGGGUCUCAGCCACCACCCACGAUUCCUACUCGCGCACCAAGGAGGCAGAUCCCAAAUGCUGGAUGUGUAAUAGCUGUAGCUAGUGGGAAGGGUGGCGUAGGAAAAAGCACAGUUGCAACGAAUCUUGCAUUGGCGUUGGCCAUGACAGCGCAGACCAGUCACGGUCGCAGCCUUCGAGUUGGGUUGUUGGACUUGGAUAUCUUCGGGCCGUCAAUACCCAAAUUAAUGGGUCUUGAAAAUUCCUCUGAGCCAGAACUCACCAAAGACGGUCAUCUAGUGCCGUUGCACAACCAUUCCAUAGCAUGUAUGUCGAUGGGUUUCCUCCUUCCAAGAUCUACGGCGGGCGAUGCACCUGCCGUUGUAUGGAGGGGACUUAUGGUUCAGAAGGCAACUCAACAACUUUUGUUUGACGUUGACUGGCGAGAUGAAGGCGGACGGGGAUUGGAUGCCUUAGUCGUCGAUAUGCCUCCAGGGACUGGGGACGUGGCAUUGACAUUCGGUCAACUUGCGAAAGUCGAUGGCGCCGUUAUUGUCUCAACACCACAAGAUGUGGCAUUGAUUGAUGUAGCAAAAGGUGUUUCAAUGUUCCGAAAGGUUGACAUCCCUAUACUGGGUGUAGUCCUAAAUAUGUCGCAUUUCGUAUGCCCAUCGUGUUCGAACGCACAUCAGAUAUUUGGACCGACAACUUCAUUCCACAACAUGGCGUCCGAUAGGGGGAUACCAGUCCUCGGCGAACUGCCCCUUGUGAGCUCGGUGAGCACCGGCGGUGACUGUGGGAUUCCUGCUAUCGUUGGACAUGUUGAGGACGCGGAACGCGAGGAAUCCUCAAAUGAAGUGAAGAGAGUACUCUCAGAUAUUGCAAGGAGUGUCUGGAAAAAUGUCGGCGCUGCGAAGGGCUGAGCUUUUGUCAUGGAGAUAAAUUAUUCCACCGCUGCAACCCACUGCCGCUCUCAAGCUUG